AGCUUGGUACUGAAUGAACUCUGUGCCUAAUCAGCAACACCCCAACACCCAUGCACAGCAGUCAUCUGCAUCAAAUCAACAACAGCAACAUAUGCAGCAGCAACAGAAUGUGGCCGCAGUCGCUGCAGCAGCUGCUGCUCAGUUCUCAGCUGGGCCCCCACCCCACCAUCCUCAUCACCAUCAAUUGCUGCAGACAUACCACCCCCACCCUCAUCUCAUGCUGGACACCAACCUCCAACAACAACAACAGCAGCAGACACAUCAAAGCAAGAGUGGUUUCAUGGGCUACCAGACGUACCCUUACAUGCUGCACCCAACAGCAGUCAGUCAGCAUCAGCAGGCCACCGGACUCCAGUUCCCCUCCCCACAGUCGACAAGUGGAGGGGGAGGGAAUAGAGGGGGAAUGGGGGCUGCAGGCAGCACCAGUGGAAGUAGUAGAAGAGAUAAGGCGCAGUACCAUCAUGGACCAGCCUCACGCAUGCAACACAGCCAAGGAGCCAGCAGUCUGAGCAUAGGAGAACCACAUCACUCUCACAGACCCAAAUUCAGUGGCCCUGACUCGUACAGAAGGGGGCCAGAUGGCUCAGCAGCAGUAGACAUUCGAACUAGCGCUGGCUCCUCGGGAACAACUGCACCACCAGUCAUCGCACACAAUUCUACUUCUGCUAUCGAAGACAGCAAAAGGUUUGUUGGGGGAGACGGGGGCAGGGGAAAUAGUGAAGCACACCUGCUGUCUAGUGGGGAUGGGGGAGGGGGAGAGAAGAAGGCGAGGAAGUCGAAUGCAGUCGUCCAGUCACAGAGAGGGGGCAGUGGGGGGUCGAGGAGUCAGGUGCAUGGGGAGAGUGUAGCAAACCAACAAAUACAGCAGCUGUCAACCAACAAGGCACUGCACACUAAUGGGGGCACACACGAUCAGCCAACAUCAGCUGUGAACAGCAGCAGCACUGUCUAUCCGCAACUACAGCAGAGAUACCAUGGCGGAUUUCAGCAGCAACAUCAGCAAUCGCUCCCCCAUUCUGGACAUGGUGUGGGUGGAGAGAUGAGCUACUCGCGACAACAGCCACCGAACAUGUCGAACCUUGCAAUGUCUUACCCCAUUCUGGGACAGCCACCGCAGCACUCAUACACUUACGGGGACAAAGGGACAGGAGGAGGAGGGGGAGAGAACCAGUUCCACGGUCAGACAUACUCGGGAAGUCAGGGAAGCUAUUGUUGGAACUCAGCCACCGUAAGCACAGCUCCCAAUUCCGCUGUCCCCUUUGCCCUGAGGGAGGGAGGGGGAGGCUAUCACAGAACGGGUAGUUUCUCCUCACGCGACCCAGGAGGAAGAGGGGAUCAGCAGCAGCAGCAGUCUUCGAGGGGAAUGCAAACCAACUACUCGUCCUCUUCCCACAAAUCUGCAGGCGGAUACUACUACUCACAAGGACCAACUUCAAACAACAGCAGUCAGCAGCAGAAUUCGAUGGCGUGUCUAAGUGAGUUCGCAUCCAGACACGGACUGGAGACGAAAUUCACAGUGCGAAAUGUGGACUACUCGGACCGCAGCAACAGUCUCUACUCCUCCUCGGAUGCAGCAGCCCCCACUGACACAUACGACAGCAGUGCGAGAGGGGGAGGAGUGGGCAACGUCAACAGGGGUAGUGGGGGCAGAUAUGGAUACAAUCAUGGCCACAGUGGUGGAGGACAAGUGGGGGGAUACUACUGCUAUGGGUACUCGGGGGGUGGCUACAGAGGGGGGCACUACAGCAGGAGUGGUAAUAAUGCUGCUGGUGCUACAGGGGGACACGGCAGCAGCGGUGGCUACUAUGGCAGAGGACAGCAGGGCUAUGCGACUCGGGGCUCUUCAGCAGGCAGGCCAGAUAACACCCACCAGCAUCACAACAACCAUUACGGCGGUUAUUACUCCUCAGCUGCAACGACCUUUGACACCACAGCAGGGGCAUAUUACGGCGACAAGGCAUUAAACGCCGCCAGCAGCUAUCGACAGCAGCAUCCGCAGAGACAGGCGAAGACGUAUACAGUCACUCUAGAGAUAGGGGGCAGGGAGUACACGGCUUGUGGGAGGACAUCGCAGCAGGCCAAACAGCUGGCAGCAGCCAGGGCGCUGGAGGAAUUACAGAGACAGUCGGGAUUGGGCGAGGAAGGAGUGAGACGACAGAAGGCGACAGGGGUCAGUCAGAGUCGAGGAGGCAAAAUGACCUCGUCCACACAACAAACCCACAGUCAGGGCAGUGGUAAAGGGCAAGGUGUGAACAACGAGGAGGGGCAGGGGCAGGGGGAGGAGGAGGGGAAGAUAGGAGGAGGAGGAGGAGGAGGAGGAGAUGCAGACGAGGAAGAUGCAGUUGGCUCAGGGGCGAGUGGAGAAGACAGGAGGGAGGGUGUGGUUGAGAAAAGUGAAAAGCGGCACCAAGAGGGGGUGCUAGUCUCUGCUGAUGGUGGGAAUAGUGGGGCCACCCAGGAGAGGGGUGGAGGCGGAGAGGACGAGAGGAAGGCUACUACGACCACAAUGACUGAGGCUCCUCCACCAGUGAAGCCAGACAUCACCCAGGUGUACGAGUAUGGACAUCGAAUGGGUCUGCCAGUGGUGUUUGAGGAGCAGUACAAGGAAAGUGCUGCUCUCUCAUCACAGCCACAACAUCGCACAGCCAAGGUGUUCACUGUCACCUGCAAAAUAGGGGACGAGUACGUUGCGGAGGCUGAGGCAGUGGGCAAGAAGAGUGCACACAGGGCAGCUGCGAGGAAGAUGCUGCAGAUAUUGCCCCCUCUUCCCCCCUCCUCCACCUCCUCAUUCCUCAACGGCAGACAUCCAUUCCCUCGACCACACUACCACUAUGGCAACAGUCACUGGCACCAGGACCACAGACAACACCACCCCCAUCAACCCCAUUACACUAGCCCUCAUUUGGGCUAUGCGGGCACAGGCAGUGGCAUGGCAAUGGGUAUGGGUAUGGGUGGCAUGCCCCCCUCCUACCACUAUCCCUUCUCGCACCACCCACAUUCACAGCAAGACUGGAGAAACCCGCAAAGAAGACAACAACUCCAUCCAAAGGUAGGGGGUAAUAGUGGCAGCGGGCAGAAGGAGAAAGAGAGAGGGAGGGAGAAGGAGAAGGAGAGGGGGGAGUUGAACCCAGUGAGCAGACUGGUGCAGAUUCUGCAAACACAGAGAGCCCACAGUCCCGUUUUCACAGUCUGUUCCAUGGUCAACUCUGGAGCUGCAUCAGCAGACCAGAGGGGGGGCCACUACUACGCCCACGGGGGACGAAGAGGAGGAGCCGGCGGUGGCGGUGGCGGUGGAGGGGGCAGCAGGCACUUCCACGUGGACGUGCGGGUGGGGGAGGAGAGGGCAAGUGGGUUUGGGGGCAGUAGGAAGGCGGCUAAGCGACAGGCGGCAGUGAGGAUGUUGCGCACCCUGGGCUAUACAGUGGACAUGGAGAGACAGCAGCUACUCAAGGACGGCAAAGUGGUGCCGGAGCCCCUGCCAAAUCAGAAUAAGUGCAGUGGUGGCUACAAGUGGGCUAUGCAGCAGAGCUUGGGCGGAGGAGGAGGAGUGGGGGGAAUGUUGGACAGGACUUUUGAGGAGGCAGUGUUGGCAGCAGCAACUGCCAUGGGACUGCACGGUUGCCUGCCCCCUCUACUACUGCAACAACAACACACUUCUUCCACGCUCUCAGCCAAAGGCAACAAGACAGCUUCUCAGUCAGGCGAGCAGGCAGGAGGCAAGGAUGUAGGAAAGGAGACGGCAGAUGGCAGUAAAGAGGAGGCAGAGGGGCAGGGAGAGGGAAGCAGCGGUGAAGACUCGCAGGACAUGAUGGACGAGAGGGCAGGCUACGUAGCCGCUACUGACUUCGGAGUGUUGGCACACCACCAGGCACUGUUGGCGAGAGAACUGCUCAUCAAGCACAGAUAUGCACAGCAGAGACGACAUGCAAUUGAUAUUGCCAAGGAGCUACUGAGUAGUUCAUCCUCCUCCACGACAGGUGGAGUUGGGGUGGGUGGAUGGAGUGUGACUGCCGCUACCCUCAUCAAGGACAGUGGGCGUACAGUGGCCCAGGUGGUGGGGGAGGGGGAGGGGGAGGACAAAGUGUUUGAGCAGACGCAGUGGCCACAUGUGGCAACAGAGGAUGAGGAUGGGGAGGAGGGACAAGGAGAGGGGAUGUGUGUGUCUGACAGAAAGGGACAAGAGAGUGAAUCGAGGAGGCAGUUGUCGCUGAAGCAGCAGAUGAAGUUGCUCUGUGGUGCUGUCGGAGCACAUCUCUCAUACAAUGACCACACCAAGGUUGGGCCUCCUCUCGAGCACGUGAGCCAGUUGCGGAUGGUGCUUGGCAAACAGUUUCUGAGUGAGGGCCAGUCGAGUGAGAGUGUAGGAGAGGCACAGGAGAGGGCCAGCCAGAGUGCACUGGAAAUGAUAGCCAAUGCAGACCCCAGUGGACCCCACAUUCCUAUUCCACCCCUGGCAUCCACUACAACCUGUCCACUCCAGACGGUGGGGGAGGGAGCUGAAUCCAUAGUGACAGUAGGAGAAGUCAAAGGACGUCUGGCUCCCGGGAAGAGUGAGGGGGAGAUGGGAACCACUUCGGACGACAAGGGGGAGGAUAGUGGAUACGUGGGCAGGGCGGCCCAGUCGGAGGACACGAGGUCACACAACUCACAGGAUGUCAAGGAGAGAGGGAACAGCCAAUUGCAAACAGUAGAUGCAUCCAGGUGGGAACGAGGAGAGGCAGUUGGCGAGGAGACAGGGGCGGCGGGGGCCGACGACAACAACAGCCGCCGCAGUGGAGGAGAUGUGAGGGACGGCGGCAUGAGUGACCAGACUUGCUCGGAAACAUCUGCCGAGCACUGUUCAGAGUCAGUGGCCGAGAGUAGCACGGGCAGUGGACUGCCACAUUCUGCAGUGGAUGAGACAGCAACAUCUCCCAACAACCACACGCUCGGCACGGUAGCCGGUGACGCUUCGGGACACUCGGCUGGGCAGAGUGACGAGGAGGUCGGUGGGGGCAAGGAGGGAAGCGAGGGCCGAGGAGGAGGAGGAGGAGAGGGUGAUGGGACUGCUACUGCUACUGCCUCCACUACAGAUGUGGCCUCCUAACGAGUCCUUUAAAGCUUUUCCCUUUAGCUCAUCGUCCAAAUCCAUCCUCAUUAUGGUGUGAGUGAACUCAAGAAUUGCACCCUGGACAUAUGGCAGGCGAGUAAUAGAUGAACAGUUCUAGAGUUAAGAGUGAUCGAAUGGAUUAAGGAUAGAAUCUGAAGUAAACUGGUUGUCUGUUUGAAAAACAAACUGAAAAACUAUACAAACUGAACUACUGCGGUCGAUUGAUGAUGUUGGAUUGGCUUCCAAUUAUACAGCAGAAUUAGUUUGGUUAUUUCUUCCUACCUUCUUUUUUGUUACAUGUUCUCUCUAUGUAGUGAUAUAUGUUGUACUAUUUCAUACAAAACAUACUACGGGGCUGUUCCCUCCGCAGUAGUGAUUGAUUGACAAGUGGUGCACUUGAGUGUGUGAACAAGAGUGAGUUGAGUUGAGUGGACAUGUCACUUCAUCCAAACGGUGCUCUCUGUGUCUGUCUGACACUGCUGGACACGUUACCCCAUAGAGGGGACAGCAAUCCUCAGUUGUCCCGAUUAUUUAUUCAAAUCUACCAUUUUGUUUAUUGUCCGAGAUUGCAAUGUUGAAUCUUUACUGUAACCAAAUAAUUGUUUAUGAAGCCAUCUUUAUGUAUGCAAAUCAAAUUAUCUUUCUUUUA